CGCCGGGCGGCGGGCAAGCAAGCCCGGACCGCGGAGCGGAACCACAGCGAACCGGAAGUUGCGCGCCUUUGCCGUCCGGAGGAGUCGUUAGGCACGCACGCCGGAAGUGGCCAAUCGGCCGGUCUGAGGUGGUGCCCACAAGUGUGGACCUCCCCGGGGCAGCCAAACCAUGGAGCCUGGUGCUGCUGAGCUGUACGACCAGGCCUUGCUGGGCAUCCUGCAGCACGUGGGCAACGUCCAGGACUUUCUGCGCGUGCUCUUCGGCUUCCUGUACCGCAAGACCGACUUCUACCGCCUGCUGCGCCACCCUUCGGACCGCAUGGGCUUCCCGCCGGGGGCCGCGCAGGCCCUGGUGCUGCAGGUCUUUAAAACAUUUGAUCACAUGGCUCGUCAGGAUGAUGAAAAAAGGAGGAAGGAACUUGAAGAGAAAAUCAAAAGAAAAGAAGAAGAGGCCAAGGCUGUAGUAGCUGCCAGAGAGGAGAAGGAGGCAGUCCCAGUCUCCGUUCAGGAAGUCGAGAUUGACACAGCCACAGAGUUAGGUGGGCCUCGGGAAGUAGAGAAGGUGGAGUCUGCAGGCCCACUGGUUCCUGAGCCGGAGGUGGCUCGUAGUUCAGAGGAGGGGGAGGCUCCAGGAAGAGUUGCCAGUGCUGCUGAAGGCCCACAGGAACCACCACCGCUCCCAAGGAUCCAGGAACAGUUCCAGAAAAACCCUGACAGUUACAAUGGAGCUGUCCGUGAGAACUAUACCUGGUCACAGGACUACACAGACCUGGAAGUCAGGGUUCCCGUGCCCAAGCACGUGCUGAAAGGGAAGCAGGUCUCUGUGGCCCUUAGCAGUGGUUCCAUCCGUGUGGCCAUGCUGGAAGAAAGUGGAGAGCGAGUCCUCAUGGAAGGGAAGCUCACCCACAAGAUCAACACUGAGAGCUCCCUCUGGAGCCUUGAGCCGGGCAAGUGUGUUUUGGUGAACCUGAGCAAGGUGGGCGAGUACUGGUGGAAUGCCAUCCUGGAGGGAGAGGAGCCCAUUGACAUCGACAAGAUCAACAAGGAACGUUCCAUGGCCACUGUGGACGAGGAAGAGCAGGCAGUCCUGGACAGGCUUACCUUUGACUACCACCAGAAGCUGCAGGGCAAGCCCCAGAGCCAUGAGCUGAAAGUCCAUGAGAUGCUGAAGAAGGGGUGGGAUGCUGAAGGCUCUCCCUUCCGAGGCCAACGAUUCGACCCGUCCAUGUUCAACAUCUCCCCGGGGGCUGUGCAGUUUUAAUGACCAGAAGGAAAGGAGACCCUCAUCAUCGGGGAGCUGGAGACCUUGUCCCCCUUGCUCCCUGCAUGCCAGGGAUUUGCUCCUCCCGUUCACCCCUAACCAUUCUCUUUUUCAUGGGUGAACUAGGCCUUCCAUACUGACCUUGCACCUCCACACUGUUCCAGAGAAGGUGCAGGACCAGCUGCUGCCAGGUGUUUGAUGUGCAGGAGGGACACAUCCCAGCAAACUGGGAGCACAUGCUUUGUCUCCACAGCAACCAGCCCCUGCAGGCAGCAUUUUCUUCCUCCCCUUCUCUCUGCUUGCUGUUAUUUUGAUGCUAUUCUGCUUGCUUGUCCUCUGGUUGGGGUAGGGAGUUCCUGGGCUCCCUGGAAAAGCCCAGUUGAAAUAUGUGGGGUUGGGCGCCUGCAUGAGGGCAGGUGGGCCUGGCUGUGCAGCUGCUGCGGAAGCCCCUCACCCAUUGACCUCUGUGUGUAUUCGUGUGCAGUCUCACUCAUCUCCUUGCAAGUGCAUUUGGCCUGAAGAAGCCUCCUUAAGCAGAGCAGCAGAAACUGGAGUCCUUCCUGUUGGCCUGUUCCAGGUAUUAGAAGGUCUUGAGUUCUGGCCUCAGGCACAAGUGAGGCAAGGCCCCUGUCUGCCCUCCGACUGUGACUGUCUUUCUUUGGUUCUUGUUAUGUGAGCCUGGCCACCACUGCAUGGCACACACUGAUGGCUCCCCAUGAGACCUCCUCUUUGUGUAUGCUCGUCAAAACCUAGGUACCCACAGGAAGAGCAGCAUGUCUAACAGUUUAUUGGCAGAUCGUGUUGGCCACAGACCCUGAGCAACCUUGCCUUUGGGGUGUACUUCGAUGAAGAAGAAUUUCGCCGCAGGCUUCAAGGCAACUACCACUAAGCUCAAAAGCAUGAAGACUGCCCUGUGCCGAGCAUCAGACUGCUCCCUGCAGUUCAGAGCCCGUCCCGCAUGUUCUCUGGAAACUGGGCUCCAUUGCAGCACUCCUUCGCUCAUACAUUGAGGGGCCAGGACCUAGGUGACCACUUAGCCUUUUACAGGGGCCUUCUAUGUGCCCAUUGCUAAGAGUGGGGUACCACUGCCACUCAGUGUGUCCUUGUCUGUCAGUCAUUGUGUGGAUAAGGCUCAACACAGGUUUCUGCACUCUUAUGUCCAUAUAAACAGCAAGAAUCAGGACCUAUCAAAUGUCAAAGCUAAGUCACCUGUUCUUGCAGAAACAGUCCUGUACCACACAAUGUCUGCAAAUGUUUGAGAGGAACAGUCUUGGGAGAACAAGUUGAUGGGACAUCCUUCCUCAUGCUUCCAGUCUCUAGAUGGGAGCUGGUUCACUGUACUCAUCUGGGGGUGGAUUUCUGGCAGCUCUUGUAAGACGUACCUACUGGGAGUUAUUUGGAGCACCUAAAUACACCACUGUAGUUGGCAGAGAAGAAGAGCAGGCCCCAAAUUUCUCCUCCCCUCCACUUCAGAUUGUGAGACCCUGUGGUUAGAUAUUGGCCCCCAGGCUGAUGAGGCCUCUGAAGAAGUUUUAGCCUCAGAGAGCAGAAUUCUGUUACCUUCAAGUAGUUCUGAGAAAGUCUUUAUUGUUUGCUCCUGAAGUUGCUGUCAAGAUCCUAGGAUUUGCAUAUCGCUUUCCCAAGUGAACUGUCCAUCUAACGAAGGGCAUGUGUGUGUGUCCUGCCUUCUCUUUUGGCCCCUACUUGGCCCCCUCUUAACACUCAUUCUAUGGGCAGUCUUCCAGAAGUGAAGUGGAAGAACGCUGGACCUUUUCCAUUUGGAACAGUUCUGUACGUUCAUGGUGACCUGUCUGUCUUAGGCAUGGUUUUGUUUUCUGUGUUGUAUUUCUCCCCAGUCCCUGACCUGCUUCAGCAAACAAACCAGUGUCUAGGAAGAGCAGCCAAAGUGGGGAGUUUGGCCAUGUGGCAGGUGCAGGCACUCCAUGGCUGCUUCCUGUGUGAUGUUGCACUGCAUGGUAUAGUUGUGGAUCCUGUACCCACGUGUCUCCAUCCCAGUGUGGCUCAAUCCCAGAGGGCCAGAUACGGUGUUCUCUGCCCUGGGCUUGCCUAGCCCCUGGAGCUGGCACAUUGCCUGUUUUCUCUUUUUAGACACAGCAACCACAGUUUGGCCACUAAGUCCCACCAGCUGAGUCUGAGGAAAGCAGGGUGGCUCGUCCCCCUUGUCCAGGGACCCAGGAGAGUGGGGUGUCCAGUCUGCAAAGCUACUCUGGCUCCUCGGUGUUGGUUUGCAAUAAAUCUGUAUUUAAGCAA